UCCAAACCGGAUGAAGUUUAAACCCAUUUUCUAAAGGGUUUCCCUGGUUUAUUUUUUCCCCUCCGAUUCUUCGACUAUACCAUCUCUUUCAUUCUACCUCUAAAAUCUUGAUAAACCCUCAGGGGAAUCAAGAUGAGUUCAAACACAAACCCACCAAAUUUCGAAAAUCUUCUCCUUCAAACCCUAAUGGGUAGGCUUCAAGUCCGUCCACCAAACCCUCUUCAACACCAAUCAUCGCCAUCUGUAAACCAAACCCUAGAAUCCCUCCUCUUUGAUACAAUAAACAACCUACCUGAUACCGACGAUGAAGAAGAUGGAAACAACUACAGCGGCAAAACCCAACUCGCGAAAGAAGAAUCGAAGCUGGAAGAGGAGGUGAUUAAGAUCAUUCUUAGUGGAAACACGGAGGAAUCCCUAAAACCGAAUUCGGGUGAAGCUGUUAGGAUCCGAGAGCAUCAUAUUUGCAUCGGGUAUCAUGUGGAACCCGAUUCGGAGUAUCGGGUGUGGGAAUGGCAUGGUCACAUCAUGUUAUUUGAUGAAGAAAAUGGGUAUAACUAUAACCCAGAGUAUAUCUAUGGGAAUUACUUCGAGAAGUUGAGAGUUGUGCCGGAGAAGAUGAAAGUGAAGGCUGAGGAAGACAAAGUGGUGAAUUCCGGGUUGAAGGAGCUGAUUGAAUCAUGUGAGGAUGCAGGAUCGGGUCGGAUACUCCGUCGCAACAUGAAUGUUGGGUCCACUAGGGUCUAGAAUAACGACAAUUCCAGUCAUAAGCGCAAACACACUUUGACAUAGUUGUGUGGCUCGGGAGCUUUGAGACUUGCAUACAUUGCAUUCAUGGCGAUAUCAUUUCGAACUAUUAUUCAUUAUAGAUUAGUUAAGGAUUUUAGAGUUUUAAACUUAAUUUUAUAUUUAUGUUUGGUUUAGUUAUGAUGUGUUUACUUUGCAAAUAUGUUUUAAAUCUGUAAACUUUUUUCUUAUAUGAUC